AUGAAGCUCAGUCUUCCCACUACCGGAGCUAUGCUCUUCCUCGGCGGCGGCGGGUUCGUCCACGCCGUCAAUCCUGGCGCAGAAUCGUCUUGGGCGCAAUUCUGCGACGAUACCGCCUGCAGCGUCAAUUGCGGUACCUCAGUUGAUCUAGGUAACGCGGGCUGCUUAGCCCACGAGGGAGGUCGCAAGUCAUUCAAGCUUCACGGUUCCAACUUUAUCGGCGCCUACCUUGUCCACUCGCCCGGCGAAGAAUGCGACUGCCAGAACGACUGCACCGAAAUCUCCGGCACCGGAGCUCCGAGUUGUGUCGACAUCUCCGGUUCCGCACCUUCCAAGUCCUAUCGCUUCCAGCUGACCACGUGUAAGGAGACUGAAGGCGGCUCUGGAGUUGGCAACAACUGUCCCCCGCCACCCGACAAUUAG